UCUCUCUCUCUCUCUCUCACACACACAUUCCAAGCAGGCCUCUCUUUCUAAAGUGUCUGAUACUUAGCUCUCUGUAAGUGUACUGUUCUGCUUUUUGCUUGAUCAGUGUUAGUAAACUUUUAAUCACUCAUGUCAGCUGACACUAUUCCAUUAGAACUACCAAAGCUCUGCAAAUUUCAGAGCUUACCCACAUGAAAAGAACAAAACUUGGGUUCUUUCCACCUAACCCCUUCUUGUAUAUUCGCUACCACACUACCUUGUCAUUACUUGCCAGUAAAUAUUUGUGGGUCUCCUUCUGUAAUUUAAUCAUUUUUAUGUUGUUCCUUUAAGCUAUUCCCAUGUUCUACUUCACUGAAUUACUCAAAUCUUUCUUUUUUUCUUUUCACUGUUUCUUCUCACUUGGAAUGGUUGGGGGAGAGAUGAAAAUUCUUGAGGUUUGAUCUCAAUGUUACUUUAUGAGAGAGAUGAGGAUGCAACAACUGAUUCGUCUGUUGAUGAAAUUCUUUUUGUUGAUCAGUGCUCUUUCACUUCAUGGAUGUGCAGGCUUUUAUAUACCUUCUCUCACGGCAGCUUCUGGGCUUCUUCAUUUUAAAGUAGGAGCAACCAACCCAAGGUCUUACACAACCAUCAGACCAAGUCCAACACUCCUGCAGAAUGCCACCACUCAUGACAAUGCGAUGGUUCCCUCCAACAAUGCACAUGCACCCUCCAUGCCUUCUGUCAAACAGCCUGCCAAGAAACGGAUACGUGAUUCUGCAUCUUCACCUUCAGUCUCAUUCUACAAACAUCAUCAUCAUGGAAGGCACAAAUUCAGCCACUUUGCCUCUGCUCCUGUGCCAUCUAAUCAGAUUCCUACUACCCCACAUAGCCAGCAAGGCCAUUCAAUCUCCUCAUUUCAUUCUUCCUUCCCUUCGUCAAAGAAAUGGGGUUCGCCCGCUGCUGCACCAUCACCUAUAAUUCCAUCAAGCCAAUCUGAAAUGCCUACACAUCCACCAACGAUUUCUCCACUGAGCUAUGUGCUGAAAAGGAAUAAGACUCCACCACCCUCUCCAGUUUUGGCACUGCCUCCACCUCCUCCUAAUGAAGAUUGUACAUCGGUCGCGUGCACAGAACCAUUGACAUAUACACCUCCUGGAUCACCAUGUGGUUGUGUUUGGCCUAUUGAAGUUAGACUGCGCCUUAGUGUUGCCCUAUAUACCUUUUUCCCUUUGGUCUCAGAGCUGGCCAAGGAAAUUGCGGCCAGUGUUUCACUAAACCGAAGUCAAGUUCGCAUUAUGGGAGCAAAUGCAGCCAGUCAGCAGCUAGAGAAAACCAUUAUCAUCAUUAACUUGGUUCCAUUAAAAGAAAAGUUCAAUGCCACGACUGCAUUUUUCAUCUACCAGAAGUUCUGGAAGAGACAUGUUUUCAUAGAGACUUCCCUCUUUGGUGCCUAUGAAGUGGUGUAUGUUCACUAUCCAGGUCUCCCACCCUCUCCACCUUCGAAGCCUUCAAGCGCUGCAACUAUAGAUGACCAGCCAUAUCCCCACCAUCCUAAUGAUGGAAUGACAGUAAAACCAUUAGGGGUUGAUGUGCCAAGGAGAAGAAAGGAUGGGAUUGGAGGAGGCAUGAUUGCUGUGAUUGUUCUAUCAUCUAUCACAGCUUUUGUUGUAUGCAUGGGAGUUAUUUGGCUUUUGUUAUCAAAAUGUGGGGUCUGCCUUCAUCAACCUGGACACACUCCACAUGUUCUGGUUGCUUCCCAUGGAAAACCAUCAGGGGCAGCAGGUGCUUUGAUGCUAGGAUGUCAGGCCAGUUCAGCAUCUAUGUCCUUUGGUUCUAGCCUAAUGGCGUACACUGGAACUGCUAAGAUUUUCAGUUUGACUGACAUAGAAAGAGCCACUGAUUACUUUAAUGCAUCAAGAAUACUUGGAGAAGGUGGUUUUGGACUUGUAUAUAGUGGCAUUCUUGAUGAUGGAAGAAAGGUGGCUUUCAAGGUUCUUAAAAGAGAUGAUCAUCAUGGUAGUCGUGAAUUCUUGGCAGAAGUCGAGAUGCUUAGUCGCCUGCACCACAGAAAUUUAGUCAAGUUGAUUGGUAUCUGCACAGAGGACCAUUGCCGUUGCCUGGUCUAUGAACUUGUGCCCAAUGGAAGUGUGGAAUCCCAUUUACAUGGAGUUGACAAGGAAGCUUCUCCUCUUGAUUGGUGUGCCCGAAUGAAGAUUGCCCUGGGUGCUGCUCGGGGCUUAGCCUAUCUGCAUGAAGACUCAAGCCCUCGUGUAAUACACCGAGACUUCAAGUCGAGCAACAUUCUGCUUGAACAAGAUUUUACACCUAAAGUUUCAGACUUUGGGCUGGCUAGAACAGCACUGGAUGAGGAAACCAAACACAUAUCAACACAUGUCAUGGGGACUUUUGGUUACUUAGCUCCGGAAUAUGCAAUGACUGGCCAUCUGCUUGUGAAAAGCGAUGUUUACAGCUAUGGUGUAGUUCUCCUUGAACUUCUAACUGGAAGAAAACCCGUAGACUUGUCACAGCCCCCAGGUCAAGAAAAUCUUGUUGCUUGGGCUCGUCCACUCCUCACAAGUAAAGAGGGCUUAAAAGCAAUCCUUGACCCAGCUGUAAAGUCAGAUCUCCAGUUUGAUGGCAUGGCCAAAGUAGCAGCAAUUGCAUCAAUGUGUGUGCAACCAGAAGUAUCCCACCGUCCUUUUAUGGGCGAAGUUGUUCAAGCCUUAAAGCUUGUUUGCAACGAGUUUGAUGAGACAAGGGAGCCCAUAUCAAGAAGCUGCAGCCAAAAAGACUUUUCUAUUGAUAUAGCUAGUAAGCGUAGCACAGCUUCAGGUGAGCUUGUGGAAGCUUCACGGACUGAUUACCCAAUGCUUGGCUAUGAUUCUAUCUUUGAAAGUAAGAUGGCCUUAUCAGCUUCAGAUUUAAGAAGUAUGCUGGCUGGAUUUGAGGGACAUGAAUUUGGGUCUUUUAGGAGGCAAUUUAAUUCUGCUCCUUUGAAAAUGGGGAGGAGGAGACAGUUUUGGCAAAGAUUAAGAGGGCUUUCUAGUGGCAGCAUGAGUGAGCAUGGGUUUUCAGUAAAAUUGUGGCCAGGCUCCCGUUAAGUAUUUCCAAACUUCACCCAGUUAAUCUUUUCAAAUUCAAAUGAAGUGUCUUGGAAUGGUUUGUAUUACACUUUCAUGAGCUAGCAAGAUUCUUUCACUGUCUCCAGAUUGAUACAAGUUGUCUGUCUCAUGAAGGAUCUGAAACGCCUGGAAAGUAUCAGCUCUUCAAGGUGUUUUCUAAUGCCUUGGUGUUACUCAAAAUCUGAGACAAAGUUAAUUAUGGUAUUGAAAUAUUCAAAUGUGAAGCAUUCUUGUACUGUAUGUCAUCUAUAGCACAUCAAUAGAUGCUGUUAGAUUUCCGGUUUAUCGACAUAAUUAUUUAGAUUUGAGGUGACUUGAAAUCCUUUUGUGAACCCUUGUUCCUUUUAUGUGUUGAAUAAGUAGUUCAAGUCACCUGUUAUUCAUAUAUAUAUGAAACAUUUCACAGUUGCAACAUAAGUGAUCCCAUAUCCUCUGUUAGAACUCUUACCCUGUAGUUCUACC